CAGAUGAAUAAUUUUGUUGAAUCUAUACCGGACAAUUUUUCUAGAAGCAAUUAUUUGGAAUCUUUGCAUUUGAACAACAAUCAAUUUGAGGGACGGUUGCCUUUGUCUUUGACCCAUUGUAAGCAAUUACAACUUUUAGAUGUGGGAGCAAACAAGAUCAACGACAAAUUUCCUGAUUGGCUUGAAGGCUUACCAGAGCUACAGGAUCUUUGCCAAUAACAUACAUCAAGGAAUUUAAAGGAAUGAUGAAUGUUGACUUUGUUUCAACCACACUAGAUUACUUGGAAAUCCGUAAUGCAUCUUAUCAGUAUCAAGAAUCAGUGAUGGUCACAUUGAAAGGUGUUGAUUUGGAGUUGGUAAAGAUCAUAACUACAUUCACAUCCAUUGAUUUGUCAAAAAACAUGAUUGAUGGAGAGAUUCCACAUGUUAUUGGUGAGCUGCAUUCACUUAAGGGGCUUAAUCUCUCCCACAACAAAAUCACUGGUCCGAUUCCUCAAUCCAUUGCAAACUUGACAAACCUAGAAUCGUUGGAUUUAUCAUCAAACUUGCUUAAAGGUGAGAUUCCUCUUGCACUAGCAGAUCUCAACUUUCUUGAAGUUUUGAAUCUUUCACAAAAUCAACUUGUCGGAGAAAUACCAAGAGGUAAGCAGUUUGCUACAUUUUCACAACAUUCUUUUGAGGGAAAUUUAGGACUGUGUGGAUUUCAAUUGUCAAAAGCAUGUAAUCAUGAUGAAGGGAAAUUACCACAACCAACUUCGUCAAGUAAUGACAAAUUUGGAUUUGGUUGGAAACCAGUGGCUUUCGGAUAUGGAUGUGGGAUGGUGUUUGGAAUAUUCAUGGGUCAAGUUAUUUUCUUAACCGGAAAACCUAAAGGGCUUGUCAGAAUUUUUCAAGCCAGGCCUAAGAAACAAGCAAAAAGGACAAGGAAAAGAGCCCAUCAGAAUCAAAGAGUGAAUUAGGCACAAAAUGUGGCUUCGUGUGAUAUAUUGUGUCAUCUUUUUUUCCAUGUUUCCACUAUGGUUAUUAUUUCAUGUUUCUUAAAUGUCUUGUCAGUGAUUGGAAUGUAAUGUACUGUAUAUUUUAAUGAUUGUCUUUCCCUUUUGUUUUAAUGAAUUUCAAGUGAUUUGCCUUCA